CUGCUGCUGAUCGCUUACAAUCUGACAACACUCCCCAUCUACUCAGAACAAAUCCUCUCUUCGCAGCCGUGCACUUCUGCCUUAGGACCGGCGGGAUCUGUUGCCUGGACCUCACGCUGCUGCCUGCAGGACCACAUUGCAGAGCUUUGACUCUUCCACACCUCGCCUCCGGGGAAACUCUUCUGCAGUAUCUCAGAAAAUCAAACUCCCUCCUGAGACUAUUCACACAGAAUUUCCUUCGGAGCUGUGCCGGGGCCCUAUGAUGAUACACCAACAUCUUGUGCUACCAACUGUCAAAACUUUGGAUGGUCUAACACUCAGGUCAUGACCCUUGUAGUUAAGAAAUUCUUGAAGACAAUAUUCAGGAGAAAAUGUGAUUUAAGUCUGGAGACAAUUGUGCAUCUUGAACAUAUAGCACAUUUCAUUUGGACUCUAAUGAUGGAUAAAAAGCAUAUACUAUGUUUUCUGUUUCUCUUGCCUCUUAAUAUGGGUCUUGUCUCAGCAGAGUCGGAAGAAGGCGUGAACCAAACAGACUUGGGAGUCACUAGAAACAAGAUCAUGACAGCUCAAUAUGAAUGUUACCAGAAGAUUAUGCAAGAUCCCAUUCAACAAACAGAAGGCCUUUACUGCAACAGGACCUGGGAUGGAUGGCUCUGCUGGAAUGACGUUGCAGCAGGGACGGAAUCAAUGCAAUACUGCCCUGAUUACUUUCAGGAUUUUGAUCCUUCAGAGAAGGUUACAAAGAUCUGUGACCAAGAUGGACACUGGUUUCGGCAUCCAGAUAGUAACAGAACAUGGACCAACUACACCCUGUGCAAUAACAGCACACAUGAGAAAGUGAAGACCGCACUGAAUCUGUUCUACCUAACUAUAAUUGGACAUGGAUUAUCUAUUGUAUCUCUGUUCAUCUCUCUCAUCAUAUUUUUUUACUUCAAGAGCCUAAGUUGCCAACGGAUUACAUUGCAUAAAAACCUGUUCUUUUCAUUUGUUUGUAAUUCAAUUGUAACAAUCAUUCACCUCACGGCAGUGGCCAAUAACCAGGCCUUAGUGGCCACAAAUCCUGUGAGCUGCAAAGUGUUCCAGUUCAUCCAUCUUUACCUGAUGGGCUGUAACUACUUUUGGAUGCUCUGUGAAGGCAUUUACCUGCACACACUCAUUGUGGUGGCUGUGUUUGCAGAGAAGCAGCACUUGACGUGGUAUUAUUUCCUUGGCUGGGGGUUUCCUCUACUUCCUGCCUGCAUCCAUGCCAUUGCCAGAAGCUUAUAUUACAACGACAAUUGCUGGAUCAGUUCAGACACUCAUCUCCUCUACAUUAUCCAUGGUCCGAUUUGUGCUGCUUUGUUGGUAAAUCUCUUUUUCCUAUUGAAUAUUGUACGUGUUCUCAUCACCAAGUUGAAAGUUACACACCAAGCAGAAUCCAAUCUCUACAUGAAAGCCGUAAGAGCUACUCUCAUCUUGGUACCACUACUUGGCAUUGAAUUUGUGCUUUUUCCAUGGCGGCCUGAAGGAAGGGUUGCUGAGGAGGUGUAUGACUAUGUCAUGCACAUUCUAAUGCACUAUCAGGGUCUUUUGGUGUCUACAAUCUUCUGCUUCUUUAAUGGAGAGGUUCAAGCAAUUCUGAGAAGAAAUUGGAACCAGUAUAAAAUCCAAUUUGGAAAUGGCUUUUCCCACUCUGAUGCUCUCCGCAGUGCAUCCUACACAGUGUCAACAAUCAGUGACAUGCAAGGGUACAGUCAUGACUGUCCCACUGAACACUUAAACGGAAAAAGCAUCCAGGAUAUUGAAAAUGUUGCCUUAAAGCCAGAAAAAAUGUAUGAUCUAGUGAUGUGAAAAUACAGAAAUCACACCUGUUUUGGGUUACUUGAACCAAUGAUUUUAUAGCCAGAAGAUUGGAUAGCCAGCAAAUGGAUUUCUUGAAUACCAUGAAGCCCUCAAAUGAACUGGGAAUUGUAUGAAUAAAUGUUUAACAACCCUCUCUCUAUGGAAGAGAAAAGCCUCAAUUUAUAUUGUUGGUCAGUAAAUACUCCUACCAUAGCUGAUUUCAAGUCACCAACCUGACAUCACUGAGUGUGGAAUUGGAAAGAAAACAAGCACAAUCAAUGCUCGGGAGUUGACACGCCCUAGAACCUGCACAACACUGCAUGCCCUUACAGAUGGAUACCUGUACAUACUCAUGCCCACACUGACCAGAACUCUGCUCUUCUCAUCUGAGGAGACCUUGCGUGGUGUUACAGACAGGAAAGUUUGGUUUUUGUUUUAAAACUCCUUGAUAGUGAAUGGUUUGUCCAGAAACACUUUAACUCCUCUUUAAAACUUCUCCUGUAGACCAGACAAAGAGUUCAUAAUCUCUCAUCUCAUGUUCCUUUCUUUAAGAAAAGCAACUGAGUAGAAUUCCCAUGGGCUUCUCAGUUUCUGCUACAUACUGUUGUAUCCUGUGGCAUAUCGAUUCUGAAUCACUAGGGAGACAUAGUGGUAGAAGCUACAAACACUUUGUCAGCUUGUGCUUCUCUCUCUCUCUCUCUCUCUCUCUCUCUCUCUCUCUCUCUCUUUCUCUAAAUGUUACUGCAGGAAUAGUAGGAAAUCAGUUUUCCUGAAUCUGUAAAUAGAAACUUUGGCCUUUCCAUUUCUACUGUGUAGAUAGGUGAUCAACCACUUUACAUGAAGGGAAUCAAUGAAGGAUUUCUUUUUAUCUUAGGAAUCAGAGAGAGAGAGAGAGAGAGAGAGAGAGAGAGAGAGAGAGAGAGAGAGAGAGAGAGAGAGAGAGAGAGAUUGUUGUACAAAUGAAACUGUAAGUACUCUAGCAUUUUAUUUUAUUGUUUCAAUUCAAAACACAACCUAGGUAAUUAGGGUAUAAAGCAGAUAGCUGAUGCAACAUUAUAUGCAAUUUAGUAUCUGAUACUGUGUCUGGGCUGACUUAUUUUAUAGUAAAAUAGAGUCACGAAUUCUAUAUUUGGUAAAUAUUUUAAAGACAAACAGAUACUAGCAUCAGAAGUUUGAGAACUAAAAAGAAAACCUGAAGAAAUAUCAAUGAUAAGAUAUGAAAUAUUUAUUUUAAAAUGCAAAGCCAUAAUUUUACAAAGACAUUAUAUUUGGUGUGCUGACAUAUUGCUUCUUCCAGUUUGAUGACGACUCAUUCAAUUUCAGAAAUUAUGAACAACUACUGUAAGAAAUGCUAGUCUGCUACAUUUGUGGACUUUGAUUCACUAAAAUAUAGCUUUACUGACUUUUACUAAAAUGAAGAUAUAUGGUUUUGAAAAAGACCCAGGUUAUUAUUAUUAUUUUUUUUUAUGAACCACAGAGGAAUUUUCUCUAUAUAAUAUACACUGUUUCAGUAUUUCAGUAGACUACUGUGGGUAAUAAUACAAGCCACAGGAAGACUUGAACUUACCAUUCAUUGGUUGUGAAGUGUCAGAUAUUUAGAUAACAAUUAAGUUAAGACAGAAGGAAGUUCUGCUUGUGACUUGAAGUGACGUUUUAAAUGGAUUUAGUUUUUCAAAUAUUGCGUGGUCUGGACUUUCUGAAUAACAAGAUUGUCUUCAGUUCAUAAGUCAGUUUGGGGACAGUCACAUGAAUCCAUGUUUUUUAAAGUGUGUCUGUCAGCUUACAGUGGACGAAAGGAGUGACUCAGCCCCCAUUCAUUGUGUCUUAAGCUAUAGCACAUAGUGAAUUCAGAAGUUGUUUGAAACUGCCAAGGAAAAUAAUUGAAAUUAUCAAGCACUGACAUGUUAGAUGAUAUGACAGACAUAUUUGUAAUUUAUCUAUACAGGCAAAGGUGUUACUAAAUUACGAUCAACUUUGUGAAUUCAUGCAAACCAUCAUUGAAAAGCAACUCAGGCCAUUCUGAACUUUCAACUGUCUAAACUGUACAAACCUUCCUUUUAGCACAUUUGGACUUUAGCCACUUAUAUUCCAAGGCAUUGUUUCAUAUCUUCACUUCAUGUAAUUCUGUAUUCUUCCAAACAAACUGUCGAGUAUUAACAAUAAAUGAUAGUACAGAAUGCCAAAUGACUAGAGAACAUUUAAAAGGUAUUGUAAUUUUAAGUUUUAUUAUUCUUUUGUCGAGCAUAGCUGAGAUUUCUUUACUGCCAAUAAAGAAAUUUCUCUACCGUGGUCUCAUCUUCAGCCAUAGCAGUCUGAGAUUAGUCAGUAUUAGUUUUGUAAUAAUAUUUUUGAAGCUAGAUUUCUCUAAAGCUGAAGUGCCAAUUAAAACAUUUCUAUAUUGCUUGUAGAAAAAAAACUAAAAAUUUUGAAAGAAAACCUCUCUGGUGCCUAAAAGUUAACUUGGGGCAAUUUUUAGCUUUUAAAAAUUGCAUCUAUCAUUUUUCCAUAAUUAUUUGUUAGAGUCAUGGCUGACAUUUUUGGAAGUGACUUUGUAUUUUUUUUGUUGAUAAAUCAUCCAUCCUGGAGUUUAGUGUUUGUUCAAAUAUAACAAAUUGUAUAGAGUUUAGAAGUAGUCACAGUGUUAUACUUACUGUUUAGAUAUUUUAAUGGGAAAUUAUUUUAAUUUCCAUUGUGUUUUACUUUGCUCACAGAAACAUUAUCUGUAAAACAUAUUCAAGAUGUUCUGGUCACUUAAAAGAACUCAUGUUGUAUCGACUUAAAAUCUCUGUUUAGGUUUUAUGAGAAUAUUAAAGUUGUAAGUUAACAUUCACUUUCACUCAUCUUCCAUGGAGUACAGAGUAAUUGAAUUUCUCACAAAAUUCUUGCAGCAAUUAAAGAAAUACUUUGCAAACUAAA